CCCGGGUCAAAGUUUAGCCCACUGGCAACGCUGACGUCGACUUCUGCAGCAAAAUGGCGGCGCUGACAGCAGUCACACAGACAAACCGGUCCAAUUCUACAGCAUCGUCCAAAAAACGGACCGGAAACAUGACCCAGAGGAGAUUCGGGCUCUUAGGCAACAAUGUUAUUUUGCUCGUGUCGUUAGCCUCCAUGCUGCAGUGUGUUUCGGCCGACGGAAAGACUCUGGUGCUGCUGGACAACCUCAACAUCCGAGACACCCAUUCAAUCUUCUUCCGCAGUCUGGCAGAUCGUGGCUUUGACCUGACGUUCAAGACGGCAGACGAUCCAUCCCUAUCUCUGAUCAAAUAUGGCCAGUUCCUGUAUGACCACUUAAUCAUCUUCUCACCGUCAGUCGAAGACUUUGGGGGAAAUAUCAAUGUGGAGACCAUCACGUCCUUCAUUGAUGGUGGAGGCAAUGUCCUGGUUGCUGCCAGCUCUGAUAUUGGUGACCCUCUUAGGGAGCUGGGCAGUGAGUGUGGCAUUGAGUUUGAUGAAGAGAAGACUGCAGUCAUUGACCAUCACAACUAUGACGUGUCCGAUCCUGGAGAGCACACCCUGAUCGUCGCCGACCCAGAGAACCUGCUGAAAGCUCCUACCAUUGUUGGCAAACCCACCAACAAACCCAUUCUGUUCAAGGGUGUUGGCAUGGUGGCAGACCCAGACAACCCUCUUGUUCUGGACAUCCUCACUGGCUCUUCCACCUCCUACUCCUUUUUCCCUGACAGACCCAUCUCUCAGUAUCCCCAUGCUGUUGGCAAGAACACCCUGCUUAUCGCCGGCCUCCAGGCCAGAAAUAAUGCCAGGGUGGUUUUCAGCGGCUCGCUGCACUUCUUCAGCGACGCCUUCUUCAACUCCGCUGUACAGAAGGCCACUCCUGGUUCUCAGAGGCAUGAGCAGACAGGGAACAUGGAGCUGGCAGAGGCUCUGUCCCGUUGGGUGUUCAAGGAGGCCGGAGUCCUCAGGGUGGGAGCUGUUACCCAUCAUCCCGUGGGAGAGACCACUCCCCCCGCAGCAUACACAGUCACUGACCUUGUGGAGUACAGCAUUGUGAUUGAGAUGCUCUCUGAGGGUCGCUGGGUUCCCUUCGAUGGAGAUGAUAUCCAGCUGGAGUUUGUGAGGAUCGAUCCCUUCGUCAGGACAUACCUCAAGAAAAAUGGAGGUAAAUACAGUGUCAAGUUCAAGCUGCCUGACGUUUAUGGAGUCUUCCAGUUCAAGGUGGACUACAACAGACUGGGAUACACACACCUCUACUCCUCCACUCAGGUGUCUGUGCGUCCACUGCAGCACACUCAGUACGAGCGUUUCAUCCCCUCCGCCUACCCAUACUACGCCAGCGUCUUCUCCAUGAUGGCAGGACUCUUUGUCUUCAGCGUCGUCUUCCUGCACAUGAAAGAGAAGGAGAAGUCAGACUAGAGCACAGAAGCAGAGGGGAUGGAAAAAAAGAGAUUAUAAAUUUGGCCUUUUGGGUUGAGGAGUUGAAAUUGAAGGCCUUGGUGGCUUGACUCUUGUGGCAGAGACUUGGACUGCAACCCUCUGUGAAAACACUGCUUUUGUUGGGUUAUUGGGGUAUGGAAAUAAUAGAGGGAUUGACGGCCAACGGGGGCGCUCAACCAUUACAUGACAUUGUUGGAGUUUUUUGUACUUAAAAAAGAAAUGCCAUUCUUGUGAAUAAAAUCACUCAAAGGCCUGUACACGUUCUGAACUCAGUCAGGAUUUGUAUGAAGUUGCUGUACUUGAUGUGGUUAUCCAGUGGAGCACUUGUUUGGAACAUCUCAUAAAUCCAAAUUAUUCCAUGUUUUGAGGUUCAGGAAAGCUGGAUUGUGGUAAACGUGCACUGAAUAUUCUCCUGAUUGAUCAAAUUUGUUUCUUUUGACAGGAAUGUAAUGUGUUUGCAACAUAAAUGAUCCUAAAUUGCAAUAAAAUGUUGACAUUCCACUCUG